AUGGGAGCUGUUGGAAAUGAUCUUCAUUCUCAUAUUGGACAUUUUUAUGCUGCUCUUAUGGAUUUUAUUGAUGGACAAUUAGUUAUUUGUAUGGAAGCUCUUGAAGCAAGUAUGGAUAAAUUUUACGCAAUUCUGCAUUCAUGUGUUCAACCACAAUCAAUUUUAUUAGAUAUAUUGAUACGACGAUUAGCAAAACAUAUUGUUCUAGCGCUUGAUUAUCUUAAAUCGAAAAAUAUAAUACAUCGAGAUAUAAAACCACAAAAUAUGUUAAUUACACGUCCAGCUAUAUUUAAAUUAUGCGAUUUUGGAAUUUGUGGAACUUUGAAAGAUUCUAUUUCAUCAACAUAUCUUGGCUCAUUGAGAUAUUUACCUGUAAGAUAUUGUAAUUUAUGUCAAAAUGAUUUUGUUUUUGUUUUGCAUUCAUUUUUAUUUUCUAUCAAAAAGCCUGAACGUCUUGGAAAUACUUGCUCUUAUGGAACACGAUCUGAUAUGUGGGCAUUAGAAAUGAGUCUCCUUGAAAUAAGUCAAGGUUGUAUUCCGUUGGCUUGUGAAUCCAUUUUGUCAUCUACUACAACGAUGGUUCCACCAAAUCUUCUCAUGAAUCCCGGCGCUGAAUUAUCUGUCCUAAGUGAUUGGACACAAACUGGCUCGUCUUCUGUACUUCAAGACACGGGUGGUCUCCUCAAUAGUGGCUACAAUCAACGCACGGGAACUGCUUGUUUUGCAGGUGGUUAUGGAUCGGGUGGGACUCCAUCAAUCCUGUUUCAGAAUGUAAAUUUAAUUAAUGGACCUCAAAACUUUUCUACGGCACAAAUUGAUGCCGGAACACUGAGUGCUGAAGUAUCAUUUUAUUAUCAAACUUGGUACGAUUAUUGGCUUGCAUACGAUGAUGCUCAAGUAACAAUUACAUUUCGCUCGGCUACCAACACUAUAUUAGGUACACAAACUGCAGGACCUCUCGAUUGUACGCUCCAUGCAAAUUGGUGCUAUAAUAUCAAUCUUUACAGCAUUCCAUCCGGUACACGAAGUAUUGACUACACGAUGACAUUUAUUCGCAACGCUGGUACCAAUAUCGAUGCAUACAUUGAUGAUAAUUCGUUGAGAGUUGUGUGA